GUAAUAAAUAAAAUACAAUUUAUUUUUGUUUCCUUAUGUUCUAUGCAGGAAAUUUGAGUCAUUUUGGAAGCCGCUAAAAGGCGGACUUAUUGCCUCUAAAAAGGAACGGAUGAAAGUUUUAUAUUAUCCCUACCCUGUUUGUUUUAAUAAUAUUUGAUACUCCCUCCGUCCCAUCAGAUUCUUUACAGUUUCCUUAUUUGGCUGUCCCACCCAUUUCUUUACAUUACAAAACUUUCCUAAAAUAGUUAAUGGGUCCCACUAUUUUCCCACUUUUUCUUACUUUUCACACUACUUUUACUCCAUUAUCUCUCUUUUAUAUAUUAAAAAUCAGUGGGUCCCGCCACUUCACCCACUUUUCUUUCUCUUUUCUACUACUUUAUACAUAUUUCUUAACCUCCGUGCCCAAACCCAAUGUAAAGAAUUGGGCGAGACGGAGGGAGUAAUUGUUUGGUUUUCGUGCUUAUUAAUAUAUGUUGCGUGUUUUUCUUUAAAAUAAUCCAAAAUGUUUAUAUUAUCGUUAACAACUAUUAUAACUAAUACACACGUAAAAUUUUAUGACUUAAAACUGAUAAUAAAUAGUUUGACCGCGCCAAUUACGUACCCGUCAAAUUUGGGAUUAAUUACGACAUAAAAUAUAGGUUCAAAUAUAAGUUAAGAAGAUUAAUAUAAAGAAAAUCAUAUCCGUGUGCGUAGCACGGGCAAAAAAAGCUAGUAACAUUCUAAUUUUUUAGUUAAAAUUGAAUAGAUAGAUAUCAUAAAUAUUCUUCACUUUGACUGUACAUUUUUUGGUCCAAAAAUUUAGGUAAUAUGGAUGUUAAUAUUUGUCCCUCCAAACCUGUGAGAAUAUUUCACAUAAUUUAUUAAUUUGUUUACAAAAAUUAAUUUGUCCCUCCAAAUCUGUGAGAAUAUUUCUUUUUACAAAAAUUUAAAAUAGUAAUAUCAAAAUUUUAAAAUAUAACCAAUGACUAUAAUCGUUCAAAAAAUUUUAUGACCUGAUAUAUUUUAUGAUCAAACACAUGAUUUUGGACAUUUGAUUGUUUUACUAGGUCUAAAAAUAUUUAGCUAACACAUGUUUUAAAAUUUGGUUGGGAAUCUCGAAUCUUCGUGUGGACGUCUCCUGAACAUUUUAUAUAUUUCCAAGAAUUAUAUCUUUUUUUUUUUUUUUGAAAGCAAAAGGAAUUCAUUGAUUGGGAAUGAGAUUACAAAAGGGCCAGACAAAGCUGACGAUAUGCUAUGAUUAAGUACCUAGAGCAUAUUAAAACUACUACACAUCAAAUUCUCACUUUAUAAUAUUUGGUCUCCCCUCAAUCUGCUAUCAAUCCUAUAUGUUGACAACAAAAUUGUUAGGAUCGCAAAUGGAUUUUCAAAUUUAUCCCCAAUUUUUUAGUUAGGAAAUAUCUAUAAAUCAAUAUUUUGCAGGCAAAAUAUAUUAGAUUUAUUUAUCCCCAAUUUUUGCCUGCUUGGGAGUGAAAAAUCACCCAUGGUAUGCUCUUAGGCAUGAUAUCAAACGCUUUACUCGACGAAAAAACACACAUUGCAUGCAAGGCUCACGGGACUCGCGACUACUAGCCUCUCUUACAACCUCAAAAGAACAUUACUUGAUCAGAGGAGAGACAGAGAGAACAAUGAAGGAGAACACAAAGCAGAGACAUCAUUUACUCCACGAAGGUUCCGAAAGAAUUAUAUUUAAGCACUUGAAAGAUACCAUUCUUUCUCUACCGAAUUUUAACCUCUGUUCUUCAACUAGAUCUUCUUCUAUUUUCUAUUAUUUCCGAAUCUCCGUCUUCAUCUUCCUUCUGUUCUUCGGUGCCUUCAUCUCCACUCGCGUGCUUCAUUCUUCUCUUACGUCUAUUGCUGGAAUCAGAAUUGAACUUCCUAUAAACUGCUCAGCUGGCAAUGCCACUCGAACGUGCCCUGCAAAUUAUUAUCCAGGAAAAUACGAUAGAAGAGACCGGUCUCUAAUGUUAAGUCCACCAGCUGAUCAGUGUCCUGAAUACUUCCGUUGGAUUCAUGAGGAUCUAAGUCCUUGGAGAAAGACCGGAAUCACACUGGAGAUGGUGGAGCAAGCCAGAAGGACGGCAAACUUUCGUUUAGUGAUACUAAAUGGGAGGGCGUAUGUGGAAACAUAUCGUAAAUCAUUUCAAACAAGGGAUGUUUUUUCACUCUGGGGGAUUCUGCAAUUGUUGCGGUUGUACCCUGGAAAGAUUCCUGAUUUAGACCUCAUGUUUGAGUGUGCUGACUGGCCAAUUAUCAAAUCCAGUCUCUACAGUGGUCCUAAUGCCACAGCCCCUCCUCCGUUAUUUCACUAUUGUGGCGACGAUUCCACAUUAGACAUUGUUUUCCCAGACUGGUCCUUCUGGGGAUGGCCUGAGAUUAAUAUAAAGCCAUGGGGUUCAUUGUUAAAGGACCUAGAGAAAGGGAAUGCCAAGACGAGUUGGGUAGACAGGGAACCAUAUGCGUAUUGGAAGGGGAAUCCUGUUGUCGCAAAAUCCAGGAUGGAUCUCCUUAGAUGCAAUGUCACUGACAAACAGGACUGGAAUGCUCGCGUUUAUUCCCUGAACUGGCGUGAAGAAGCACGACUAGGUUACAAGCACUCUGACUUGGCAAGCCAAUGCAUUCACAGAUAUAAGAUUUACGUAGAAGGAGCGACUUGGUCUGUUAGUGAAAAAUAUAUUCUUGCUUGUGAUUCUGUGACCUUGCUGGUGAAGCCACGUUUCUACGACUUCUUUACAAGGGGUCUGAUGCCGAUGCAUCAUUAUUGGCCCAUAAGGGAUGAUGACAAAUGCAGGUCCGUAAAGUUUGCUGUUGAAUGGGGUAAUAGCCACCAGCAGAAGGCGCGUUCAAUGGGUAAAGAGGCAAGCAAUUUCAUUCAACAAGAGCUGAAGAUGGACCAGGUCUACGAUUACAUGUUCCAUCUCUUAAGCCAAUAUGCUAAACUCCUGAAAUACAAGCCUGUCGUGCCUCGAAGAGCAGUAGAACUUUGUUCCGAGACAAUGGCAUGCCCUGCAGAAGGAUUGACAAAGAAAUUUAUGAUGGAGUCGUUGGUAAAAGGUCCCAAGGACGAGAGUCCAUGUGUAAUGCAGCCUCCCUAUGAACCUGCAACUCUUCAAUCCGUUCUUCAGAGAAAACAGAACUCAAUAGAAGAAGUUGAGGGAUGGGAAAAACAUUAUUGGGACAACCAGGGUCAGCUCAAUAGUAAAGCCAACUAAGCGGCAGCUUAGGGACCCAGUGCUAAAAAUGAGUCAAAUUCAGUUGAACCAUUAUAGUCCUUUAUUGUUGAAGAAUGUGGAUGCCAUAACAUGUACAACAACUUUGUGAGUUUGAAGUGCUUGAAAAUAGAAGUAUGUUUUUUCUUUGAAUUUUUUGUUCAGCUUAAACCU